AUGGCGAAUCCCAAAGAAACCGCAAAAACUGCUAAAGUUUCGACCAAGGUCGCCGUUGAAGAGAGAAGAGCCGGUACCCCUUGCAGAGAGGCUUGCCACAUCCUGCCAGUAAAUUGCAACUUCGAAGUUGGGCGUACCGAUGUUAUGAGUACAUCAAUCAACUUCUGGCCCAAUUCAUAUCAUAUGUUGGCUAUGCUGGAGACUCAGCCCGGUCAAGUUUACCAGUCCGUUAGGGAGGUAGCCUUAAGACGAGAAGGAAGUAGAACCAACGGGAUAAUGGCGAGUCGCGAAGUGAUUUCAUUAGGUAUUCGAGCCAAAGCUGUCAUAGAUACCGGGAGCGUCAUCUCAAUAAUCUCUCUAGAGACGCUCAGGCGAGCACAGAAAGAAGGCGCAUACCUAUACAACAUGUGA